UGCUCAGUGUCCAUCCAUGGAGGUGACCACUGUGUUCCCAUCUCCCACCUCACUCACUGAAGGAGAUGAUCUGUGUGAGACAGAUGUCACCAGUGUGGCCAUGCACAGUGUGACACUGCUCAUCUGCCUCUCUGGGCUGGCAGGGAACGGGGCUGUCAUCGGCCUCCUAACCCUGAAAAGUAGGAACUCUGGUAUCUUUGACCUGGCUGUUGUCGACUUCCUCUUCCUUCUCUUUACAAUCCCUUCUGCCCUGCUCUUCCUGGUGGAGGACGUGUCCUGCUCUCCUAUUGUGCCCCUCCUGUACCUGCGUUUCCUUUUCCAGCUGUCAGUGGUCUCCUACUACUGGGCGCUGUUAUGGCUGAUGCCCAGCAGACCUGUUGUAUAUAUGUACAAGCUCUGGAAGCUCUGCUGCCACUGCGACGUUCCUCUGCGUCUGAGGUGGUUGGUGGGAAGUGUCCAGUAUUGGGCCUUCUUAGCUGUCUUCACUGUCAUUCCCACAGUGACAUUCCUGUGCCCAUUAAAAGAGCAGGAGCACUGCCAGACAGCUCUCAUCUCCAUGUACACCAUCAUGCUGCUCCUCUUUGUUGCACCCGUGGUCAUUUCCGGCACAAUCGAUUUCAUUAAGGCCAAGCGGGGCUCCCAGCAGCAGCAACCCAAGAGGCGCGACAUGGUUAUUUUUCUCAUUGCGCUCUUCACUCUCCUCCUCAGCAUCUGGAAUUUCCUGCAGCAGCUCAGUUACAUCGCUGUGUCCUCACAGGUUGUUUUCCUGGUCACCUGCAUCCACAACAGCAGCAAACCCUUCAUCUACUUCUUGGCAGGGAGAUGCACAAAACCCUGCUCCAUGGGUUCCCUCCGGCUCUCCCUCCAGAGGGUCUUUGAGGAGCCGAAAGAAAAAACAACCCACAGAAAUUAUGCUGCCAUGGUCUGAGCCUGUUGAUCCCAUCCAGUGCUCUGCUGAAGGACCCCAGGAGAGUGGCUGAAGUUUUCCUUUAGCCUCCUGAUGAAUAAAUAUCCACCGGAUCACCUUGUAUUUGUGGAGUGCCCAGACAAAUAAAGGAAUGAUGAAUCUGA